AUGCAGACUCCUCUGACCAUUCCUGUGCCUGUGCUCCGGCUCCCCCAGGGCCCUGAUGGCUCGAUCCGUGGCUUUGCCCCUGAUGGACGCAGGGCCCCCUUAAAUCCCAAGAUUCCUGAAAUCCAGGAGUGUCCCAUAGUUCAAGAAUCUCUGGAAUCCCAGGAACAGCAGGCCCGAGCUAUCCUUCGAGAGCGCUACCUCCGCAGCCUGCUGGCCAUGGUGGGUCAUCAGGUGAGCUUCACGUUGCACAAGGGUGUGCAUGUGGCUGCCCACUUUGGAGCUACCGACCUGGACGUAGCCAACUUCCAUGUGUCACAGCUGCAGACUCCCAUAGGUGUGCAAGCUGAGGCGCUGCUCCGAUGUAGUGACAUUAUUUCAUACACCUUCAAGCCAUAAAGAUUAUUAUUGUGUUCACCUGUCUGCCUGAAGAUCCUAGGCCUCU